CUGCGCGGGUCUGUUGCGCUUCCGUCGUUCUGCAGAAAUGGCGGGGAUGGAUGCCAUGGAGAAGAAGUUGGCGGAGUACAAAUGCGAUACGAAUGAAGCGAUUUGUCUUAAGUUAGUGCGUUUCCCAGAAGAUGUGGGAGAUGAAAGCACAACGUUCCAUCCUGAAUACAGUCAUCAGCUAUAUGGGGAUGAUGAAGUGGCUUUUGGAUACAAAGGCCUCCAGAUCCAGCUGUACUACACCGCAGGAAACCUAAACACCCUUUUCAAAAUCAAAUAUACAGCCAAAGUGUCUGAAAAGUUUGACUGUGUCGAGCCCGAUGAUGUUGAAUGUAAAAUCAGGGAGAACAUUCCACCGGGUUUCUGCUCGAACACAGAUGACUUUAUCACGUUGCUGGAGAAGGAGGCCAACUUCAAGCCCUUUGGGAGCCUGCUUCACACAUACAGCGUGCACAGUGGGGAUGAAGGGGAAGACAUCACUUAUCAGAUCUACAAGGCCGACAUGACCUGCCCUGGGUUUCAGGAGUACCACAAGCGCCUCCAGACUUUCCUCAUAUGGUUCAUCGAGACAGCCAGCUUCAUCGACGUAGACGACGAUCGGUGGGACUUCUUCCUCAUAUUUGAGAAGUACAAUAAGGACGGGGAGACUCUCUUCGCCACUGUUGGCUACAUGACAGUUUAUAAUUACUACGUGUACCCAGACAAAACCCGGCCGCGUGUAAGCCAGAUGUUGGUCCUGCCCCCGUUUCAGGGUGAGGGCCAUGGAGCCCAGCUGCUGGAAGCAGUGCACAGGUUCUACUGUACCUUCCCACUGGUCCAAGACAUUACAGCGGAGGAUCCCUCUGAGAACUAUGUGAAGCUGAGAGACUUUGUUCUUGUGAAGCUCUGCCAGUCGCUGCCGUCUUUCUCCCCCGACCAGCUGUGCGAGGGUUUCAGCGAGGCCAUGGCCACAGAGGCUCGCGAGAAGUUGAAGAUUAACAAGAAACAUGCCAGACGGGUGUAUGAAAUCCUGCGCUUGCGUGCAACAGACAUGAGUGAUGAGGAGAAAGCGAGAUCAUACCGCCUGGAAGUCAAAAGGAGGCUCUUUGGCCCCUACAAGAAAAACCAGAGGGAGAUGACCAAGAUGAUGAGGUGCUUGCGUCCCGAGGAGCUGGCCUCUCACAUCAGCCAGAUGGACACCAAACUGCAGCAUGAGGAGCUGGAGAAGAGCUACCAGGAGCUUCUGGGAGAGUACAGACGGGUCAUUGAGAGGCUGGCGAGAACCUGAGACCCCCGUGUAGAUACCCCACCGCCAUCUCUAUGUGUGUGAUUUAGAUUAUCUGCAUAGCUCCACUAAUGAGGGCCUUGGUGUGUGUGUGUGUGUGUGUGUGUGUGUGUGUGUGUGUGUGUGUGUGUGUGUGAGACAGAGAGAGAGAGAGAGAGAGAGAGAGAGACUGUAUUUGUAAUUGAACCAUGGAUGACUGAAACAAGUGAGGGGAACAGUACUGUGUUUCUGAGGAACCAUCACCCUACUCCAGUGUUGAUUCAGAGCUUAUUUCUCCAUAGCAUUUCUUUUCUUUGCCUUUUCUUGAAAAUAUUUAGGUUUUGCGGCACUUAGAGACAGAAAAUGUUUUGUACAUUGCAUAAUAGGAUGUUCUGUAUUCCUGUUGUGCUGUUUGGACAUGUCGUGACCUGACUGUGACUGUUUUGACAGUGAUUAUUAAAGAGCCUCUUGUACUUGUUGUGGAAAUGUUGUGAUUUUUACAAGGCUCUUUGCCAUCCUGUUAACCUGGCUGGUCAAGGCCUCCCUUUUGCCAGGUUUUGUUCAGUAAAGGUAAGCUCUUCCGCUGUAAUUUUGUGCAAAGGCUAAUCGGGGUGAUGUUAAUUAAAAGUGUAUUGACCGGGUCUCAUCAGCUUUCAGUCGCUCACUCCUGCGCAGCCCCAGCGUCAUCGGCGGCCCUCGCAGUUACCAAACCUGUGGAGCUGGGUGUUUUGCUCUAGGUGCCAAUUAUUGCUAAUUGUACUGGGUUCUGCUCUGCUGGGGGGGACUUGGCUGAAACUAAUCACAGCUUGUGUGGAGGUGACACUAGCGAGGGGCUGUGGACCAGCGCCUGGGGCCUACCUUGAGCCUGGAGGUGUGGGCUGUGUGCAGCUGUCACCCCUGCAAACAAUCAGUUUUAUUGGAGCUUGUUACUAGCGCAGCGGAGAAGGCGAGGUGGACACGAUGGGCACGGACGAUCAAGGCCACGAAGAGGGAAGUUCUGCUUCCAUAUUCGGCACAAGAAGGUGACCUUGGAGCAUCGCAACCCUUUGAAAGCUGCUGUGAGCCGAAGACGCCGAAUGAGAGUCUCGGAAGACGCCGAGUGCCCGGGGUAUAGAUGUUAAUUCAGUUUGGUGUCUGGUUACAGCUGCUGGCACGGCCGCCCUCCGCCGCUGUUACCUGAUGGCGCCUGGCUAUCCUAGAGCUCAGACGAGCUGGCAGUUUGGAACCCGGCCUGGCCGCACAGAAGGAGCUGCUUAACAUGAUACCGCCGAUGAGGAAUCCCACAAUCCUGCUCUCCUAAUUCUCAGUUCGAAUCGUCCUUUACGUGAGGAUCGUCGCUCCGGAUCCAUCCGGGAGCCUCGCAACAGCCCGUCGUGUUCGUCGUCCCCGGUUCGGGACCAUCUUUCUUAGACCGAGCCUGGGCCCGUGUUACGGUGAAGGCAGAUCGAGCAGGAGCUCGACGUUCGAGCGUCUAACCCUACCCACGAAGGCGCCGAAAUCGCGGAGGAAAUCUUUGCUUUUGCGCUCCGUGGUAGCCAGCUCAUUUCAAGGUACAUUGCGCGGAGAGGGAGGACGGUGCAGGAUGGCGAAAUGAUGAAAACAUUUGUGCGAGGAGCGUUUUGGCGGAUUUUGGAGGAUGUCGCAGAGAGCACGCCGGAUUCGAUGCGAGAGUACGUCACACGUGCCGGGGAAUUAUGGGAGAUCUCAUCAUUCGCUUACAAGAGGCCUCCUCUUCCGCAGCGCAGCCCGGAUGGUCACGCCGAACCUCCAAGAUGUAGGAGGUCACUAAAUGACCAGCUGAAGUACUUUUCUUUGCCCAGGUGUAAUUUGCUGGCUCUGUCUGGAGGCAAUUAUGUUUGAAUGAUUUCCUAAAGACUUCUGUGGAAGAAUUCAGCUAUAACCCCGUUUGACACAGAAAUGCAAAUUCGCUGCAUCCUGAAAAAGAGCCGCCAGAAAAAAAAAAAAAAUCUUUAUGGAAAAAAAACUUUAGGGAAAAGCCACACACCGUACAUUGUAAAUUCAAAGACCUCCGCAUAUGAUAGACAUUUAGCUAGGUAAUAAAUUAAGCAGAAGUAGUGGUACUUGUAUUUGAGUGUCUACCAUUAACUACAGAAGUGAAUGUAGACAAAAAAAAAUAUAGAAAUGUUUACAGCAAACUGGGAAUAAAACAUCAC